AUGAGAGAGGAGGGACCAGGACCAGAGCACACCAUGAAGAGAGGAGGACCAGGACCAGAGCCCACCAUGAAGAGAGGAGGACCAGGACCAGAGCACACCAUGAAGAGAGGAGGACCAGGCCAGAGCACACAUGAGAGAGGAGGAGGACCAGGACCAGAGCACACCAUGAAGAGAGGAGGACCAGGACCAGAGCACACCAUGAAGAGAGGAGGACCAGGACCAGAGCACACCAUGAAGAGAGGAGGACCAGGACCAGAGCACACCAUGAAGAGAGGAGGACCAGGACCAGAGCACACCAUGAAGAGAGGAGGACCAGGACCAGAGCACACCAUGAAGAGAGGAGGACCAGGACCAGAGCACACCAUGAAGAGAGGAGGACCAGGACCAGAGCACACCAUGAAGAGAGGAGGGACCAGGGACCAGAGCACACCAUGA